AUGAUUACAAAAUAUCCCAAAUUUUAUCUACAAUUUUUUUUUUCUACGGUCGAUCAUUCAAUAUCGAAUUCACUUUCUCAGCAAGAUGAUCAAUCUCAGAAGUCUCUUACCUACUCUCUCUUCCACGUUAUUCCAUUCUUUCUCUUACUUUUUGUCUCUCUCUCUUUCUCACCCACUCAUUUCCCAUACCCACACCAUCUUAUAUUACUUUUUUUUUCUCUCUUUGUCCUUUUUCACUUUCUUCCUUUUCUUCUCUUCCUUCUCAAGUUCCUUUAUUCACAUUCUCUCUCUUUCUUUCUCUUCUUCACUUCUACUUCUAAUUUCCUAAUUUCUUUCUCAUCUCCUUUCUUUCUUUCUCUUUCUCUUUCUCUCGCUCUUUCUUCUUUUCCCUCUUUCUCAUUCUCUCUUCUCUCUCUCUCUCUCUCUCUCUCUCUCUCUCUCUCUCUCUCUCGCUCGCUUUCUUCUUUUAUCCUUUUCACAAUAUCGCUACCAGGAUUUUUAAUUAUUUUUUAUGUCACUCUUCCUUAA